AUGUCUUUCUCAGACGAGUCACAGACGACAAAGGGUAAAACAACAACGAUACUACCAGAGGAUCCCAAGAAUCCUUUCCAUGACAACAACACCACUAGCGAUGCUGGACCCAACAAGGAGGUCCCUCCUCCCGGAGGAGAAGGAGGCGCCCGCCGAGAUUCAAUCCUCCUAGUGGGCGACAAGUCUCCUGGUGUGGCUCGCAUCGAAGCCAUCGGCGAGGUUUUGACUUUGACCGACCGUAUCUUCUUAUUCAUCGGCGUCUUCCUCGUAGCCUACGCGUAUGGUCUUGACGGCACAGUCCGGUACACGUUCCAAACGACCGCCACGGCAGACAUGGGCGAACACUCGCUCCUCGCAACCAUCAACGUCCUCCGCGCUGUCAUUGCCGCAGCCGCACAACCCACCGGUGCCAAAAUCGCCGAUGUCUUCGGUCGUCUCGAGCUGGUCUGUGUCUCGGUUUUCUUCUACACCCUCGGAACCAUCGUCGAAGCUGUCGCUACUAACGUCUCAACCUUCGCGGGAGGCUCUGUCCUCUACCAAAUCGGGUACACGCUGAUCAUCCUGCUCGUCGAAGUCAUCAUCGCCGACAUCACGUCUCUCCGCGCGCGUUUGUUCUUCAGCUAUAUCCCCGCGCUCCCCUUUAUCAUCAACACCUGGGUCUCCGGCGACAUCACUGAGGCCGUCCUCGCCUCCACGACCUGGAAAUGGGGCAUUGGCAUGUGGUGCAUCAUCUAUCCGGUCUGCGCACUGCCUCUGAUCAUCACCCUGUUCAUCGUGGGUCGUCGCGCUCGCAAAGCCGGCGUCCUCGACAAGUACCAAUCACCCUUCCAACAGCUCGGCGCACGCAAACUGACCGUCAGCCUGUUCUGGUCCUUAGACGUCGUUGGGAUCAUCUUGCUCAUCGCCGUGUUUGCGCUGAUCCUGGUCCCUCUGACGAUCGCUGGUGGUGUGUCGAGCAAAUGGAGAGAAGCGCAUGUUAUCGCCCCUCUCGUCAUCGGCAUCCUGUGCAUCCCAGCCUUCAUCUUCUGGGAACUUUGGGCUCCUCACCCGUUGGUCCCCUUCGAUUUACUGACGGACCGCGCCGUCUGGGGCGCGCUCGGCAUCGCCUGCACGCUCAAUUUUGCCUGGUACAUGCAAGGUGACUACCUUUACACUGUCCUGAGCGUGGCGUUUGACUUCAGCGUCAAGGCCGCCACGCGAGUCUCGUCCCUGUACAGCUUCACGUCCGUCAUCACGGGUUUCGUGCUGGGCAUGAUCGUGUACAAGGUGCGCCGCCUUAAAUGGUUCAUCGUCGCCGGCACGUGUCUGUUCAUGGUCGCAUUUGGCCUGCUGAUCCACUACCGUGGCUCGCCCAGCUCCUCAGGCAAAUCCGGCGUCAUAGGUGCCCAGGUCCUGCUUGGUUUCGCCGGUGGUUUGUUCCCCUACCCUGCACAGGCGUCGAUCCAGGCCGCGACCAAACACGAGCACGUCGCCGUCAUCACCGGCCUCUAUCUGGCGACGUACAACAUCGGGUCUGCAUUUGGCGGAUGUGUCUCAGGCGCCAUCUGGACGAACGUCCUCCCUUCGACCCUCGAGGACCGCCUUGCACCGCUGGGCAACUCGACUUUGGCUGCUUCGACGUACGCGAACCCUUUUGGCGUGAUCGCCGAGUAUCCCGUCGGCACGCCUGAGCGUACUGCCAUCAUUGCCGCGUACCAGCAUGCCCAGCGCCUGCUUUGCAUCACGGGUAUCUGUCUCGCUGUUCUUCUGAUCGGGUUCUCUCUCUGUCUUAGGAACCCCAAGCUGGGCAAUGAGCAGAGUUUGCCAGAUGCAGAGGAGAACGUUGUUCGCUAA